CAAUGCAUCUGUGCCGGCUGUACAGGCGGUGGGCGGGGCCGGGAGAGCACGGUGUUCCUGUAUUGUGUGAUCCUCGGUCUGUGUCCUCACGAUGUUUUUCCGCAGAGCUCUACUAGUUGGAGGAUCGGCUGCUGCUACAGCAGCGCUUCUGGCCGCUGUGGCUGUCGGUAAAAACGGAGGAAAAUCCGAACCCGAUAGUCUGACACCUCCGUUAACAACCGCGAAAUGGGACCGCAAUUGGGACCGUCGGGAACCGAUGUCAAUGGUGAACCUACAAAAGAUUAAUGGAGAAACGGGAGAGGAAGAGUUGAAUGCAAAACUGACUAAGCACAAAGCUAAAGCCACUAGGCACAUCUUUCUUAUACGACAUUCACAGUAUAGACUCGAUGGAAAGACGGAUGAGGAAAGAGUUCUUACAUCACUUGGUCGUGAGCAAGCAGAGCUAACUGCGCGGCGUCUGGCAAGUCUAGGAUUGAAAUACACUCAUAUUGUACAUUCAUCUAUGACCAGAGCUAAAGAGACAACUGAAAUUAUAAGCAAAUUUUUUCCAGGUGUGAAAAAAUCUAGCUCUGAUUUGCUUCGUGAAGGAGCUCCUAUCCGACCAGAUCCCCCUGUGUGCCACUGGAAACCAGACGUAGAGCAGUAUUAUGAAGAUGGGGCACGCAUUGAGGCUGCAUUCAGGAAUCUUAUUCACCGAGCUGACCCUAAGCAAGAAGAGGACAGUUAUGAGAUUAUUGUCUGCCAUGCCAAUGUGAUCCGGUACAUGGUCUGCAGAGCAUUGCAGAUCCCUCCUGAAGCCUGGCUCCGUAUGUCACUCAACAAUGGGAGCAUCAGCUACUUGGUUAUCCGCCCCACUGGUAAUGUCUGUCUGAGGCUGCUUGGUGACUCUGGCUUCAUGCCACCUGAGAAAAUUACCCGGACGUGAGUGCCCACAGCUUGUUGCACCAUGCAGCUCCAUCACUGCCUGCCCUGAAGAUACCUGGAUAAUCUGACGCUGCAUUUAAUGUGACCAGCACGCACACUUUCUGUGCCUUCUUCUGUGAUUCACACAUUUUUAACAAGAUUGGAUACUGUUGUAAAAAUCAUUGUAUUGGUUUUGUUUGGAGGGUAUGUUAUUUGCAUUUUGCAUCUUCAGGAUAUCAAGCACAUCUGCUUACAGCAGAUAGGAUGCUGACCACUUUGGGCUUUCAGUUUUGAAAGAGAAGUAUGGCACAGGUGGCCAUCUACUGUGCAGGCUGUAAUACAGAAGGGAAAAGUAGUAUUAGUACCUGUUGUGUUGUUCAUAAUGACUUUAUUCCUAAUUAUUAUUCUUUUUUUACAAUAUAAAUGUAUAUUUAUGUGUACAAUUUAGUGAUCACAGAUGCUUUUUGCAAGAUGGGAUUUUUCAGGUUCAAGAAAAUAAAUUCAGGGAUGAUAUUUACGGUUAAUAUCAAUUUUUUUUUUUAAAAAAGCUUUGAAUAAAGUAUUAUUAGUUAAAACUUUUUAUUUAUUUUUUAAAUAUAUCUGAGUAGGGAGAUUUAACUUUACUUCCUGUUCAUGAAAUGCAACAGCGGUAGGCGAUCGCUCCAGUACAGGGAGAGCCUGUUUGUUGUCUGUGGAACAGCUAUUGCCAUUGAAGAUUUGUUCUCUAGUACUGUUACGGUGAUGACUGUAAAAUAUUGUACUUUACAUCAUGUUCUGGCACAUGUUUUCAUGACUUGUAGAGAGGGUCAAUCUCAGAGAACACGCAGCCGGUAAUAUAAACCUGACAAAGGUUCUAAACCUUUCACUGCUCUAAACCUAAAAAAAUAAAAAAAAAUUGUUUGGGCUUAACCUACCAAAUAUUUUGGUGAAAAAAUAGUGCUAAAGACAAUAGUGAUAAGCAAAGUACAGUAAACUAUACCAGCAUAUAAUGUAUCAAAUCAUGAAGGACAGUGUGCUUACUUGUUGUUUUGGGGUUACAACUCUUUGCACAUUUUCUGUGAGCUUGCCAAGAGUUACUCAACAAGUCUAGAAGUUCCUAUAUCGUGUAUGUCUAUGACCAUUUUCUCUCAGGUCAUAUCAGUACAUGUAAAAAACUAUGGAAAUUACAUAAAAACCGGGGAGCCCAGCAAUUUUUUUUUCUUAAAUAAAUGGAAGACUACGAGGAUCCCUUUCCUUUUUUUAUUUUUACCAAGCGCUUGCAAGUAUCUGACAGGUUAUUAAAUGACUGUAGUUUAUGCAUUUAUUUAAUUAAAAUGUUAUAGUUAC